CAAGAAUUGAAUGAAGUGACAGUGAACGUGAACCAUGGGGUGUAAGUGGUUGUUUUUGAUUCUCAUUCUUUUAAUGGUAGGACUUAGCACAUCUAUUCAUCUUCCUACAAUCGCUGCGAAUAUUUUUGGAAAUGUAACCGAAAAUUCUGGAAUAACUAGUGACUGUUCCAUGUCCAUCCAGCUGUAUAUGGAAAAUCUACAAGCUCCAUUUGACGAUCCAUGGGCAUUACGAAUGCUCGAUGCGACUUCCGGAAUUCCUACGGGACUUAUAUUUUCAUACAAUUUUGGAGAAAUGGGGAAUUUUAAACAAUGCAUUGAAACAGAAUCCAAGAACAAGGUUAUUAAGGGAAACUAUUGUCUUGGAACUAUAUCACUACCGAUAAAUGUAAUAGAUUCCACAAAUUCACCAAGUAACCAAACGAAGGUGGAGGCUUAUUUUAAAACUUUGACGCCUUUCACCAACGAAGAUCUUCUGAAGGCUAGCCUAGGCAUAAAUCCCACAUGGGCCUUAUGCCUACCAAGCAACUGUACAGAAAAAGAUGCUCUUGAAAUAAUGAACGUUAACAAUUCGAUGGGAUUUGAGUUUACUUCAUUCGAAUGUCAAACGUCUGAAGACGUUAAUGUACCACUAAGUCACGGUGCAAUUAUAACCAUAUGUGUUUUGUCAUUGAUAGUCGUAUUAAUGUUCGCAUCUACUAUAUAUGAGAUGCGUGGUGUAUAUAAGCAAUACAAAAAACCACAGAACAGAGUAUUCACUGCGUUUUCUAUUUAUUCAAAUGGCAAAGCAUUAUUUAAAGCAAGUAAAUCCCCUUCUGAAAUAGCAUGUUUAAAUGGUAUUAGGUUUUUAAGUAUAGUUUGGGUAGUUUCUGGACACAUUUUUUCUAUAUAUACCUCUGGGCCAGUGGCAAAUCUGAAAGACGUAUUAGAUUGGACUAAUUCUCUGGAAAGUAUGAUAAUGGUGAGCGGGACAUUAUCAGUUGAUACAUUUCUUGUCGUUGGAGGAACCUUGGUAGUUUAUGUAUUUACAAAGGCUAAGGUCCAAGGAGUGAAGUUUAAUAUAUUCAAAUACUACAUACAUCGCUAUCUUAGAUUAACACCGGCUUUAGCGGCUGUGGUUUUAGUAAGCGCAACAUUACUGGAUUAUAUGGGAUCAGGACCAAAAUGGAACUAUGUAAAAAGUGACUUUGCUGAUAAUUGCAAACAAUAUUGGUGGACUACGUUGCUUUAUGUUCAAAAUUAUGUAAACGUUAAUAAAAUGUGUGUCGGACAAACCUGGUAUCUAAACAUAGAUAUGCAAUUAUACCUAAUAUCACCAAUAAUGUUGUUCCUUUUGUGGAGGUACCCCAAAGCUGGAGGAGGUUUUGUAAUACUAUGUAUUAUGACGUUUAUCGUUGUCCCAUUUUAUAUUGCAUAUGUCGAUGAAAUGGCUGGAAUAACAACUAAUUUCUAUCCCAAAAAUCCAAAAAAUGACUUCAUGAAUUACUACUAUUUGAAAACCCAUGGAAGAGCAGCGCCUUGGUUCAUUGGCGUACUUUUAGGACAUAUACUGUCUUUAAUUAGAUUCCGGAAUUAUAAAUUUUCACGGUUUAAUAAGACGAUGGGUGUGAUUUUAUGGGCAGUAUGUUUAGCAACUCUGCUUACGUGUGCGUUAGGUGGCCACAGCACUUUGAGGAGUCCAAAUUAUGAUAGACUAGGCAAUUCCUUUUAUAUAGCUCUAAUUCGUCCCGUUUGGGCUCUUUGCGUAGCCUGGGUGAUUUGGGCUUGCGCUAUGGGCUAUGCAGGUCCUGUGAAUACGUUCCUCUCGCACCCACUUUUCCAAAUACUGAACAGAUUUACAUACAGUAUAUAUCUCAUACACGUAACAUUACUAUUUGCUACUGUUUUCUCCGCGAAAAUAUCAAUUUAUUUCACACCACUCUAUAUGGCAUAUCUGUUUUGGGGAACCUUUAUGUUCACUUUUGGAAUUUCGAUACUGUGGGUCCUGGCGUUUGAGUCACCGGUAAUCAACUUUGAAAAAAUAAUAUUUAAUAAGAAAUAGGUGAUGUCAUUAGACGAAUUUGAGAUGUAUUAGUUUUGUUGUGGAAUUAUGUUUUAAAAACCUCUAAUAAAAAAAUAUCCAACUG